AUGGAUCUCAAGUCAAUACAUCGGUGGCUUUCAAAAGUUCCAGAUGCUCAUUCUGCUGGCAAUGCUACGGACGACCCGAGUCAACUUGGUCUAGCGGUUGCGGAUACAUCGCUCAUUUCGCCCAAUAUUGUCGACAGCACCCGCAAACAUGUACAAGUAGAAGAUGAUUCCUUGGGGCAAGGUCAAAUCCAAUCAGAGAAAGCUGGCCACGAACUACAGCCCAGUUUUGACCGCAAGCCGCGCCACAAGACUCGGGAAGAUCGAUACGAAUAUAAGGGCGCUAGCACUAUCAGACCACAGUCUACAUCGUACAAAGACAAUAAGAAACGAAGGCUAAGCAGGAAGCACACCAUGAACGACGUGUUUCGUGCACCCAAUGUUGCGCGUGAGAGGCUGACGCUCCGCGGCAAUCUAAAUGUUGGAAUUUUCAACAAAGGCAAGGCAUCAUCGCCAAUGAAGCUGGGUCAUGGUGAGCAGAAUCGGAUCUCCAAGAUGGCAGAAGAUGGCAGCGCUGAUGACAUCAACAAGUUCCCAAUUCUGCAUUCUCCGAACGAAGAUUUCUUACCAAAAAGCACCCACAGUCUCCAUCAAAGUCUCCAAGAACGGAAAAGAGGCGCAAGUCGACAACAGAAGCGGCCUGUAUACAUAUUCUCAGAGCUGGUAAAGGAACUGGAAACCGAAUGGAACAACACAGAGCAACUCAGUUCCCAGGCCGGGAAAUUCGAACAGCCAAAUGAGGAACCCAGGAUCGAUCAAGGGCAUUGCGUGGGCAGAACUUCGGACCUUGAUGUUCAGAGAGAGCAUUCAAUUUUGACACAUCCAGUCAAAAAGAUUGCGAGUUGGUCCCAAUCUGAUACACCAUACACCUGGUCUGAAACAAACCCCGGCAAUUUGCAACCCGAGCUUGCUUUGGAGAUUGAGUUGUUAAAACUUCUUCACGUGGGUCUUUUGCCCACCCAAAGAGACGAUUGGGCUAGAACAUCAAAUCAAAAUCACACAUACUACAGUCUCGACGAAUUGAAAGACAUCUUAAACAGCCGGCAAGAAUACUGGGCAUCGGAGUCUAGUCAAACUCGCCAGAUCGUUGCCACAUCGCCUGAUGCUGAAUUCCACAAGACUUGUGAAAGCUUGAGAAAAGAAAAUUCGAUGGAAUCAGUGCAUGCCCAAGCAAGGAAUUCAAUUACAGAGAAAUUAUCUCAUGAUAAGAUUAUUUCACGUGGGCCCCGUCAAAUUUCUUCUAGACCGAUCAGUCAAGUUCACAACAAGAAAAAGGUCGACUCUAUUUCACAGCCGGAGAGCCUGGAAAAAAUGAGGCUCAACAUCAAUGAUACUCAGGAAGCCCAGAAAAAUCAACCGGAUGACCUUUUCUUUAACAAUCUAGAUGCAGCGUUUUGGGCGAUUGUGGAUCCCAAAACCCAGAACAAGAUGGACUCUUUGGUGAUGAUGGGAGUACAACAAAGCUUACCAACCUUUGACUUUGAAGACAUCAUGACAACAGCCGAGCUCGUUGGCGCAGGGGUGUCCAAAGUUCCUUCACAGGGCUUGUUAUCACAUGCCCAGGUCGGGGUCGAAACACUGUAUCCUCUCCCUCCCGCUGCUCAUGACUAUUUUGACCCUAAUAAUCGUGUCACGCAUCCUGAGAAUGACCAAGGCGAUGCUAUGAUGCUCCAAAGCCCCCAACAGGGAUUUUCAAGUCGCAUGAAAAGGCCAAGGCAGCCACGCCUAUAUCCAAGUAUCACCCAUGAAUCAAGCGAUGACCAAGUUCCUCCUGGGUUCUGGCGCCAGAAUAGGUUGUAUUGA